AUGUCAUCGUCGCCAAAUCUCCUGACAUCGACUGAACCCGUUACGUCGCCUACGAUUGAAAUACCGGCUCCAUCCGUGACGCUGACGACAACCGAGAGGUCCGAAGACAAAGCGCCGACCACAGCUGCAGUACCACUAGCGUCUGAAAUGCAGAUUACACCCAAGAUGUCAUCGUCGCCAAAUCUCCUGACAUCGACUGAACCCGUUACGUCGCCAACGACUGAAAUACCGGCUCCAUCCGUGACGCUGACGACAACCGAAGACAAAGCGCCGACCACAGCUGCAGUACCACUAGCGUCUGAAAUGCAGAUUACACCCAAGAUGUCAUCGUCGCCAAAUCUCCUGACAUCGACUGAACCCGUUACGUCGCCAACGACUGAUAAUACGGCUCCAUCCGAGGAACCCGUUACGUCGCCUACGAUUGAAAUACCGGCUCCAUCCGUGACGCUGACGACAACCGAGAGGUCCGCCAAAGACAAAGCGCCGACCACAGCUGCAGUACCACUAGCGUCUGAAAUGCAGAUUGCACCCAAGAUGUCAUCGUCGCCAAAUCUCCUGACAUCGACUGAACCCGUUACGUCGCCUACGAUUGAAAUACCCGCUCCAUCCGUGACGCUGACGACAACCGAGAGGUCCGCUCCAGCCAAAUAG